UAGCUAUCCUUUUUUUAUUGGUUGAUUAUACAGAAGUUUGCUCAGUAUACUAUUUUGUUGAAAAACUGAAGAUGAAGAAACAGCCAAAGACCAGACUGAGUUCUGACUUUCAGGGGCUGAUGAGAAUUAGGCAGAGUGGAUCAUUCUUCUGCUGAAGAGAGAACACAGCCAGAAGGUGCUCUUAAUUAUUUUUCCAGUCUGAUGGCUGAAGGGGGUAUUAUACAGAAGCAAGACAGAGUGAGGCCACUACUACCACCCAAACCAACAGGAUGUAUCCCUGCCCAUCACUCACCUGGGACAACUGCAGGACUCAAAUCUAUGAGGACAGUUACAAGAGGAAGCAGUUCAGGUCCAAAUUCUUGUCAAAAGAGCAUUACCUUUAAGGAAACAGCAUCUACAGAAAAUAAUACAGAAGCUGGAAAAUCAACAACAUCCAUAACAGAAUUAAAGAAACAGUAUGAGUGCAAAGAGAUCAAAGCUUUAACUUUUAAAAAAUGUGGUGGACAUGAAGUAUGUGAAGAAAAGUGUAAUAGGAAACCAUUUUCAUCAAAGAAGCAGGUUCUGACAAGACCACAAAUUUUCCCUAAACCACAGACACCAAUUAAAUCAAAAAAGGUUAUUGUGAACACUGAACCUCCUUCCCCUCAGAACUGUGUAAAGCGUGUUGUAUCAGAGACAGCAGUUGAGGAACUUACUGAAACUUCAGUGCAAAAAGUCAAGAUUCCAAACAAACAUACCUCAAGUGCAGAGAGGUGCCUGGAAUCAAAAAAUGUAGAAGAGUUUUGUGUUAGAGCUGAUACAGUUCCAAAAAGUGAAGUUGAUUCGUAUCAUGUGUUACAUAUCAGAGCUCCAGUUGCAAAUUUUGAGGAAUUUGAUUGUCUUCCGGAAAGUGACAGGCGAGAUGUUCCAGUACGUCCCCCACGUUCUCCUAAAAAUAAGGCGUUACAGGGAAAUAUAUUUCUUAAGUGUAUAGAGGGUACUUCAUUUUUGAGCUCUAGGGAUAAAUUUAUUUCAUCAAGCCCUCCUGACAUAUUGCUCAAAAAAUUUGACAACAGUGACACAUGCAAAGUCAAACAUCUUGAGGUGAAGGCAAAGAGCUCUAGUUUGGGAAGAUUUUACACACGUCAUUUAAGUGAGGUCCAUAGUGUUAACAUAUCGCUAGAUAAAAAUGGUAAAACUCCUAUACCACCCCCUAGGAGGAGAAGAAAAUCAGUUACAGAUGUUUUACCUACAAAGGAAUUAGAAAGCAAACAGGAUUUGUACAGCCGUAUAAGUUUGAUUAAACCCCAGAGAAGUUUCCCCGAAUAUGCCACUGUUAAUUACAGUCAGAAAAAAAAUCGCAAGAAUAACUCAGAAGGUAUUGUUUGUUCUAAUGAUAAAACAACUAGUAUAAAUCCAGAAAAGGAUCCAAAACAAGAAACUACAGUUAAUAGUUUUAUUGAUGACAGGCUCAACCUCCAUGCCCUAAAGCACUUAUUUGAAACUUGCAAUCGUCCAGAUGUAACUCAUUUAUCCAAAGAAGCAGCUAGACCAAAUACCAGUCAUUCAGUAAAGAAUGAAGUGCAGCUCACUGAAAUAGCAGCUGAUAUGGACACUACAGCAGCCACAACGUUUAGUGAAACAUGUAGGUUAGAUAAGGAUGUUUCUUCAAAUAUAGAUAAUUCUGUGUUGUCUACAGAGUUUAUCAAGUCAGAUAACAAAGAUAAAGGAACUGUCACACCAGAGAACUUUUCUGUGUGCAAAUCUCAGUGUGAAGACUGUCCUCAUUCUGGUGAGCAAGACGCUCCUAGAAACGAGAUUAAGAAAUCUAGUGCCCUCCCAAAUGAAAGUGAUAUGUGUGCAACAAGUUUUCAAGAAAAAUCGAUGUCAGAUGUACAUGAUAGUUCAAGUUCAAGUAAGGUAGAAUGGGUGUCAGUGAAUAGCUCUGUUCGCAAUAGUUCAAAUGAAAUUGGGAAAAGGGUAGAUGAAAUUGACAGUUCUUCUUAUAAACAAACUUGUGAGGAAAAUAUAAAUCUGUUAAAGGAAAAUAAUGAUGUCACUAUAUUACUGGAGAAUUCUGUUGUUGACCAUGUUGAAAUCACUACAUCACAGAAAAUCUGCAGUGAUGGUAUUUCAAGUUUAGAAGUAUGUCAGAGCUCAUCUAAUGUAGACACUGGUAAGGUAUGUGCCAUCAGCACUGGUUCAAACAGUACUACAUCUACUCAAGAAAAAACGGAGGCAUCACCAGAACAGAAAUUUAAGUACAGGAGUGCUGGAAGUGAGAAACUAAUAUUCAGAUUACUGUCAGAUGAUUCAUUAACUUCAUCCACACCAUCAUUGCCAUGCAGUCUGACCCACCGGAACACAGCAUUAAACAGGAAGCAUGCACGGCGGCUGUCAUGGAGCAGCUGCAGGGAUCGUGUCAGAGCAAUGAGGAAUGAACCUAGGGGAAGAGGUAACAGUUUAUCUCUGUGGUAUGAUGAUGGUGACCUCUCAAGUGGAGCUUUAGCUGACCUAGACAGCUCAGACAACACAGCAAGGCAGAGUUCACUAGAAGAUCUGUUCCAAGGGAGUGAAUGUGAUGUUGCUAAGAAGUCACCUCAGUGGAAUGUAUAUUCAAAGUCUGAGAGAGGCUUGUUACCUAAUGAAGAUUGUGCAUCUAUAUCAAGCAGCAGUCAAGACAAUGAAUACUCUCUGUCUUCUAUGAAAGUUGUAGAGAGCUCUGCAGGUAGAAACUCAAAAGUUCCAGAGCAGAAUUACAUGAAAGGUGAUGCUCACUCAGACCAAGAAAAAACAGACAUCACAGAAACGAGUCAGAACUCUGAUUCUGAGGCAACUGGUCAUUUUAGCAAGGGAGAUGCAGUAAAACUUACAUCAUCUGAGCAGAAAGCCAAUAAAGCAUUUUUCAUUGCCAAAGAACUUAUGACAUCAGAAAGAGUAUUUAUCAGUGUACUGAAACUUUUAAAUGAAGAUUUCCGACAGGCUUUGGAAAUGACAAGAAAACAAUAUCAAUUUCAAAUAAUCCCCGAUGACGACUUCUGUAAGAUAUUUAAUAGUUUGCCACAAUUACAAAGCCUUAAUGAGGAUCUGCUGCACGAUCUUGAAUGCAGAAUUGAAAAUUGGCAAUCUUCUAAAAAGAUAGCGGAUGUCAUUGUAAGGAAAGGUCCAUUCUUAAAACUGUAUACCACAUAUAUUCAGAAUUUUGGAGCUCAGUGCAGUCAUUUUGAUGAAUGUUGUCAAAAAUAUCCAAAAUUUUCCAAAUUAGUGAGAGACUUUGAAGCCUUGCCCAUCUGCCAAAAACUUUCAAUUAAGCAUUUCAUGUUAAAACCUGUCCAGCGAAUACCACAGUACCGACUUCUACUUGAAGACUAUUCCCGACAGCUGGAUUCCUCCUCACCGGAUUACGAGGAUACCCAGAGAGCACUGAAAAUUGUGUGUGAUGUUGCAGACCAUGCUAACAGAAGCAUCAAAUUGGGAGAUCAUUUAAGUAAAUUACUUCAGCUCCAAGCUCAACUCAAUAAUUAUGAAAUAAUCAAGCCAGGCAGAAUAUUUCUGAAGGAGGGUGAACUCUUAAAGUUGUCAAGAAAGGACAGUCAGCCACGAUAUUUCAUUCUGCUGAAUGAUUGCCUGUUGUACACAUCAUACUAUGGGUCAGGACUGGCAUCAGGGCUAAAAGUAAAUUCAGAGCUCCCUCUUGGAGGCAUGAAGGUUACUACACCACAGGCCGAGGAAUUCCAUAAUGAGUUCAGUAUCAUUAGCAGCACAAGGAGUUUUACACUAAUGGCGAGGUCUCAAGAAGAACGGCAGGAAUGGGUAGAUGCUCUUCAGGCAGCUAUAAAGGAUUAUACAUAUCGACAACUUUCCUUCCACAAAUUAAGUGCAAAAGAUAAUGACAAUUUUUCUGAAACGUUUAAACUGGGAAAAGAGGUCCCUGUGUGGAUUCAGGAUGGCCGAGUGACAAAGUGUCAGUGUUGUGUGGCUGUAUUUACUGUAACAUUCCGGCGACACCAUUGCCGAGCAUGUGGAAAGGUCGUCUGCAGUAACUGUUCAGAUUUCCGAGCUCCAUUACAAUACAAACGAUUCCAACCAGACCGUGUUUGUGUAGACUGCUAUGAAAGUCUGUUGGCAGAGUUUCAGAAUGAGGGAAGAAUGAAACACUGCAUUGAAACUGAGCUGAGAAUAACUGACUAUGAGGAACUUGGUCAAAAAUACUGUGAAAUAAAAUCACAUUUUAAAAAAUUGGGCUCCAAUGGCCGAAGGAAGUUUAAGAAAUACGUUCCACAGCGACUGCUGGAGGUUACUGCCAAUGAUACAGGAUCACAGAUGAGUGGUUGGUUACUAAAGCGAAAGAAGAAUUCUUGGAAGCGUUACUGGUUUGUUCUAAAAGAUCAGGUCCUGUACAUAUAUAAGGCUUCAGAAGAUGUAGCAGCUCUGGAAACUGUCCCAGUUCUUGGGUAUACUGUGGAACAAAUGAAAGAACCCUUUGAAGGCAGAGAUGCAAAACUUGUGUUCCAGCUGAAACAUGAAGGCCAAGCACCUCUUAUGUUUUCAGCUGAUUCUGAGCACUCAGCCAACAGGUGGAUAUCAGCUGUGAGGGAAGCAACAGUUUUAAAGGAAUGAAGAAGAAACCAAAAAAUAACUGUGGGACCUAUUUAUAUUACUGCCUUACUAGUGUGAGAUUUUCUGUUGUCACACUUGCAGCUUUUUUAAAACCAUUUUUGAGAUGGAGUGUUUUAUGGACUGUGCAGCUUGUUAAUUUAAUACCUCUACUAGCAUUGUAAAUAAAAUGCCACUGUUUGUACAUUGUGUAAUUUGUACAGUCACUAUAUUUUAUGAAAUCUUUUAAUAU